CUCUCUCCCUCCGUCUCUCCUCGGCGGGGCAAUUCGGAACUAGUACACCUUCGGUGGUGAGAUUGGCUAUUCAGGUGGAGGGCAAUGGAGAGCGAAGAGGAUGCAGUGAAGAAAGAACGGGUAGUGGAAGCUCGAGCUAGAAACAUUAGUCAUAAUGUGAGGUGUACGGAAUGUGGGAGUCAGUCCAUUGAAGAUUCUCAAGCUGACAUUGCCAUUUUGCUCAGAAAGCUAAUUCGGGAUGAAAUCCGGUCUGGUAAAACUGACAAAGACAUCUACAAAAAGCUUGAGGACGAUUUUGGUGAGACGGUGCUUUACGCACCAAAAUUUGAUAUGCAGACUGCUGCUUUGUGGUUGUCUCCGAUUUUAGCUGCGGCUGCUGCUGGAGGCAUAUGGGCUUAUCAAAGGCAUAGACAAAAAACAAAUGUGCACAUUAUGGCUCUGAACCUAGUUAGAGGAGUUCCAUUGACCCCAAAGGAGAAAGAAACUAUGCUCGAUGUUCUCACACCACCCCCUCCCGAAGGAAUCACUUCUUCCUUUUGGUGGAGGAGGUGGGUUGGUCGAUGAAGUUUCUCGCCUGCAUCACAUUCACUAGAUGUGCUGAACUCCUCGGACUUGAAUUAUCACAUUACCCGGAGCUGGCAACUAACUAAUAUGCAUGCAGGAGAAAUGGUCCCUGGCCAAAGUUUCCACUGACUUGUUUCGAGAUUAGGAGAAGUAUUUUGAUUUGUCAAGUUAGUGAAAGUGUUGGAGUUAACUGGUUGUAUAUGAAAUGUAUUUGGUACCAUACAAACUUAGCUGAUGGUUAUGCUAAUCAUGUGUGUCAUUGCCAUUUGAGCUGUUAACAUUUGUGAUUCUUAAAUUAAAGGUUGCAGGAUUGAUUCUAGUGAAAUACGUUCAAGCA